AUGCAUUCCUCGGAGAUUUCAGGAAACUCAACAAACCCUUUGAAGAGAAGCUUUGAAAUAAUGACUAAUGAUUCUGCUAAUAGUAGUAAAAAACUGAGAACAAUAAGUUCGGAAAGCGCGAUGAUUCCCCAAUCUAAUUUGACACCCAGAGAGUAUCAGUUGGAUGUGUUUAAGGUGGCUAUGCGGCGAAAUACCAUAGCCCAUCUGGACACCGGCGCCGGAAAAACAAUGAUCGCCGUCAUGAUCAUCAAAAAAGUUGCACUUUCUCUUACAAACCAACCAUCUGAAAAGAACCUGAUCAUCUUCUUGGCCCCAACUCGUAAUCUUGUUGAACAGAGGUUGGAGUUUCUUGGGGACUCGGUGUUGGACAUACUGAUUACUUGGUAUCUGUACAACAAACACAAAGACAUUGAUCCUGGAGAACUAACGGAUCUACGUUCGGCUUCAGUUAAUAAUGAAAAUUUUGCAUAUGCUGCUGUGAGACGCAACCUUCAUCACCACCUUCAGUAUCGCUCUGGCUUUCUCAAAACUCAGAUUGAAGAGUAUGAGAAGUUUGUGGCCACCUCUUCCACUGAUACAAACUCUCUCCAAACCAAGAAAGCCCCUAAGGCACUUGGUGACCUAGUUGAGAGUAUCACUGGGGCCAUAUUACUCGACACUAAAUUCAACCUUGAUAAAGUUUGGGAAAUCGUUGAGCCUUUAUUAUCGCCAAUAGUAACACCACAUAACCUCGAGCUUCCUCCUUUACGAGAGUUGAUGGAGUUAUCUACGGUUGCAACUGAAAACGCCUUAUUGGUUGGAAACGGUACUGGUUCGACCCGGAAAGUGGCAAGGGGCGCCGCUCUUCAAUUGUUAACACAGCUCGAGAAAAGAGGGAUUUCGAGGAAGAAUCAGGAAAAUGGAGAUGGGGAAAUCGAUAAUGAAAACAAUAAGAAAAAUGAUACAACCCUAUUGAACCUAAGUCCUAAUAAGGAUACAAAGAUAACUCUGUUUGAUCCUCAGCCAUUAAUGGAGGAGGAAUUAGAGUCUAAUUCCAAGGUUGAAAUUCCAGCUGUGAUAGAGUGUAUCAACAUGAAGAAGGGAGGACCAAGAAUUGCACUUCAUGAGCUGUGCAAGAAAAUGCAGUGGCCCAUGCCUGAUUUUACAACAUCAGAGCAAAGAUCAAAAUCUCUUGUUGAAUUUGGUGAAGGGGAGGAGAAAAGAACAGGGUUUAAUAGCUUCGAGUCACAUAUCACCUUCACUAUUCCUGGCUAUGGUGUAAUACAACUCAAGGGGGACCCACGUGCAGAUAAGAAGACAUCUUUUGAUUCUGCUGCCUUACUCAUGCUCUAUGAGCUCCAACGACUUGGAAAGCUCAAAAUUGGCCGGCUAGAAACUCAUCUGUAAGCCAAAGUAAAUAUAUAUAAUUAACAAACUCUAGUGAAUAUAAUCACUAAUCAGGAGUCCGGACCUUUUUUGCGGCUAGAUUUAAUGAUAUCUCGAGAAUCAUGGAUCAUAUCACAAUCCUAUAACUCAUCAAGACCAGA